AUAGUUGUCCAAUGAUUCACAUACCUGGGUUCACCUUCCCUGUGGUGGAAUAUCUUCUCGAAGAUGUAAUUGAGAAGUUGAGGUAUACUCCAGAAAACACAGACCGUCGGCCACGGUGGAAGAAGGGCUUCAUGCAAGGACAUGUAAGCAGGCCAGAAAAAGAAGAAAAAGAAGAAAUCUACAGGGAACGAUGGCCAGACUACUUAAGGCAGCUGCGGGGCAGGUAUUCAGCAAGUACUAUAGAUGCCUUGGAAAUGAUGGAUGAUGACAAAGUUGACCUUGAUCUUAUAGCAGCACUUAUAAGACACAUCGUUUUGGAAGAAGAGGAUGGUGCAAUUCUAGUGUUUCUUCCAGGCUGGGACAACAUUAGCACGUUGCAUGAUCUCUUGAUGUCACAAGUCAUGUUUAAAUCAGAUAGGUUUGUUAUCAUACCUUUACAUUCAUUGAUGCCUACUGUUAAUCAGACUCAGGUUUUUAAGAAGACCCCGCCAGGAGUAAGGAAAAUCGUGAUUGCUACCAACAUUGCAGAGACUAGCAUUACAAUAGAUGACGUCGUGUUUGUUAUAGAUGGUGGAAAAAUAAAGGAAACUCACUUUGACACACAGAACAACAUUAGCACAAUGGCAGCAGAGUGGGUUAGUAAAGCUAAUGCCAAGCAGAGGAAAGGUCGAGCAGGAAGAGUUCAGCCAGGCCACUGUUACCAUCUGUACAAUGGACUCCGUGCUAGCCUUCUAGAUGAUUAUCAGUUACCGGAGAUCUUGAGGACACCUUUGGAAGAACUGUGUUUACAAAUCAAGAUUCUAAAGCUUGGUGGAAUUGCUUAUUUUCUGAGCAAACUAAUGGAUCCACCAUCUCGUGAUGCUGUAAUGUUGGCCAUAAAUCAUCUAAUGGAGCUGAAUGCUUUGGACAGACAAGAGGAACUGACUCCACUAGGAGUCCAUUUAGCACGAUUACCAGUCGAACCACAUAUUGGAAAAAUGAUCCUCUUUGGAGCUUUAUUCUGCUGCUUGGAUCCAGUUCUUACAAUUGCAGCCAGCCUCAGCUUCAAAGACCCUUUUGUCAUUCCUCUGGGCAAAGAGAAAGUAGCAGAUGCAAGAAGAAAGGAACUGUCAAAGAACACUAAAAGCGAUCAUCUAACUGUGGUGAAUGCUUUCACGGGCUGGGAAGAAACUCGGCGUCGUGGUUUCAGAACUGAGAAAGACUAUUGCUGGGAAUAUUUCCUUUCUUCAAAUACACUUCAGAUGCUACAUAACAUGAAAGGACAGUUUGCUGAGCAUCUCCUUGCAGCUGGAUUUGUGAAUAGCAGAGACCCCAAGGAUCCCAAAUCUAAUACCAACUCAGAUAAUGAGAAGUUGCUCAAAGCAGUCAUCUGUGCUGGCUUAUAUCCAAAAGUUGCAAAGAUCCGACCAAGCUUCAGCAAAAAGAGAAAAAUGGUGAAAGUUUGCACCAAGACAGAUGGAACAGUUAAUAUUCAUCCUAAAUCAGUUAAUGUGGAAGAAACAGAGUUCCAUUAUAACUGGCUCGUGUACCAUUUGAAGAUGAGAACUAGCAGUAUUUACUUGUACGAUUGUACAGAGGUAUCUCCGUACUGUCUCUUGUUCUUUGGAGGAGAUAUAUCCAUUCAGAAGGAUAAAGAUCAGGAUACCAUUGCUGUGGAUGAAUGGAUUGUUUUCCAGUCUCCGGCAAGAAUAGCACACUUAGUUAAGAAUUUAAGACAAGAGCUUGAUGAUCUUCUACAAGAAAAAAUAGAAAACCCGCAUCCUGUGGACUGGAAUGAUACUAAAUCCAGGGAUACAGCAGUACUGACAGCUAUUAUAGACUUGAUCACAACACAGGAGAAUGAAAGUGCCAGAAACUAUGCUCCACGAUUCCAGGGUGAACGCUAUAGUUGA